AUGGAUAUAUCAGAACUUAAAGAAGAAAAAUACAAUGAACCAACACAGCGUGAGAUUGCUGCCAAGAAGGCUGAGGAAAGGGUCAGGAAAACCUCCCUGGAUCUACGACAGGAGAUUAUCGAUGUGGGUAGCAUCCAAAAUCUGAUUGAACUUCGUAAAAAGAGAAAAAACAAAAAGAAAACAUCAUCCAUCACCCCUCCUUUGCAGCAGUCUAAACCAGAAGAAAUUGAGGGUCCUAUUGAUGUUCCAACAUUCCUAAGGGCUGCUGUUGAAGGAAAAAUCAAAAUUGUGGAGAAGUUCCUUAAGGAUGGUGGAUCACCCAAUGUCUGUGAUGAGUUCAAAAGAACUGCUCUUCACAGGGCUUCCCUGGAAGGCCAUGUGGAGAUUGUGAGAAGGCUGCUGGAGUGUGAUAUCAAUGCUGACCUGCCGGACCGGCUGGACAGUACUGCAGUACACUGGGCGUGCCGUGGUGGGAAGCUUGAUGUGCUGAAAAUGCUGCAGGACAAAGGAGCAAGCAUCAACAAGAAAGAUAAGCUGUUAAGUACGCCUCUUCAUGUAGCUACCAGGACAGGGAGGGCAGACAUCGUGCAACAUCUGAUUAUCAGUGGAAUAGAUAUUAAUGCAAGGGACAGGGAAGGAGACACUGCACUUCAUGAUGCUGUCCGUCUCAAUCGUUACAAAAUUACUAAAAUCCUGCUUCUCCAUGGGGCAAAUAUAUUUGUAAAAAAUGCUGCUGGGAACACUCCACUUGCUCUUGUACAGCAGUGGCAGUCUGACACAAAGCAGGUGCUGGGGAAGAUGGCUGGAACCACUAAACCAGUAGCAGAAAUGCAAGGAUAGAUGAUGCCAGUAACUCAAUGACAAAACAGCAAUUGGUUUGCCUGUCGGUAUUGUGCGGGCAUGUAACUAGUGGCAUCACUAAGUCCAGAGGAGAGUACUUGGAUGAAAUUCUUGACGUGAUUUGAGUCAGCCUGUAGAGUGGUCGGGAACAGAUGGAACAGGGAGUUCAAGGACUGAAAAAGAAACAGCAAUGUGCAGCAAUCUGAAUGAAGCAUCUAAUGCAGCUGUCAUUUGGUUGGUAAUGUUGAGAGCCACCAGACAUCAACAGCAACUCGAUUACCUUUUUGUUAUAGACACUCAGUCUUUUGCUAGUUUUGUUUAAAAGGUAUUCUGACUGAGUGCAGUGUAUUGUUUCACAGCACCAGUAUGUAGAGACAUUAAAAAUUAAAGUGCAGGGAAAAUGUACAUGUCAAUAAGUUUGAUUUAACAGCAGUUGAUGGCAAUACUCCCAGGUCUGUUAAAGUUACUGAAUGCAUUCAAAUACUCACAAGCUUUUCUUUUAAUUUUCUUUGUUCUAGCCCUUACUAUGUUUCAUUAAUAAUCAUAAAAAAUGUGAUGACUAAUUUUUUUUUUAUCUUUCUUUUACUUAACAUUUUGUCAGAAAGC